AUGUCGACCGUCUUUGAUACUACCUUCCUCCCGGGAGGCGAGUUUCUCGCUUCCCAGGGUGAUUUCUUGGACUUCGAUACCAACUUCCAACCAACUAACUACACCGCUGUCUCUGGGAUGACGUCGAAUGAUGGCACCGUUUCUCCGUCCGAUCUCUUCAAGGAUGAUUCGAUCAUCAUGUCGGCCCCGCCAUCUACUGCUUUCCCCAACUUGAGUACUCCGGAGUCUGGCUACCUGGAGUCUCCGGCCAUGGCCAGCAGCGGCCUGAACACCUCCCCAUUGGAAGAUGGACUUCUCGAUAGCCAGCUUAACUUUGCCGAGCUUGAUAACAUGGCACCAUUGUUCCCACAGAAUGGCUUCGAUCAAUUUGCUCAACAGCUCAUGUCAACUGAUCCGGCUCCAACCAAGCCGAGCUUCAGUGCCGUGAAAUCUCAGCCUUCUGCCAGCCCGUCUCCCAUGGUCAGACAGAAAUCAUCUCCCGGCCGACCGCCGUCGAUGCCUUUUGCACAUGGGCACAAACUCUCGGAAAGUUACGGUAUCAACAAAUCCUCGUCAAAGUCGCGCAGCAAGACCUUGCCCGAAAUCAAGAUCGACAGUGAAGAUGACAAGGAAACUGCCAAGCGGAAAAAGAACACUGCUGCCGCUCGGAAGUCUCGGCAAAGAAAGCAAGAGGCGGCUGAAGCUGCCGAUGCAGAGAUUCAGCGCCUUCGAGCCAUCAUUUAUCGUCUGGGAGGUGAUCCCGAUGCGGAAGUUUGA